AUGAGAGUCACAUUGGAGCGGGUAUCGAGAGAAAGUCCGAGGACUCUCUUCCCCUCUAGGCCCCUUCUUCUCCUCUGCCUCGUAAAGGGCUCCAUUGACCAAGGGAGAUUGAAGGCUUUUUCAAAGCACACUAGCCAGGUUUCCCUCUACAUUCAUGUUUUGUUCGACGGCGGCAACGUGGCUGUAAUGGCGCGGCGGUGGGGAGAAGGAAAGGACAAGCAAGUAUCUGACGAUUGUGACAGUCUCCGCCCUGCCUGUUGUACUGGAAGGGGGGUAUCGCCGAGGAGUCAAAGAGUCAAGGAGGGGUUCUGGGCUUUGCAUCUUGUAUCGGUACAAGCUUGA